AUGGGUGCCUCAAGGAAAGGCGUGCGCAUCGCCAUUGAUCGCGGUGGCACUUUUACAGACUGUGUCGGCAAUUCCGGGACGGGAAAGAUGAAAGAUGACAUUAUCAUUAAACUUCUCUCUGAAGACCCGUCUAACUACGACGACGCACCCCUGGAGGGAAUCCGGCGACUCCUGUCCAGGUUCACAGGUCGUGAGAUCCCUCGGGGCGAAGCUCUAGACACAUCACCGAUCGAAAGUAUACGGAUGGGGACUACUGUUGCUACCAAUGCGUUGCUCGAGAGGAAAGGUGAGAAGAUGGCAAUGGUGGUCACCAAGGGCUUCAAGGAUUGCCUGGAGAUUGGCAACCAGUCUCGUCCUAAGAUCUUUGAUCUUGCCAUCCGCCGACCGGAUGUACUCUAUCACAAAGUCAUUGAGAUAGACGAGCGUGUGACACUCGAGGACUAUGCCGAAGACCCAGAGAGGAAUAUCACGAAAGUUGAGCCAGGAGCGAACGACAGUGAAUUGGUACGAGGCUUAUCCUCCGAGGCCGUACGGGUACUGCAGCGGCCUUCGGAAGAUACUGUCAGAUCUCAGCUCAAAGCUUUGCAUGACGAGGGUUUCCGCAGCAUUGCCGUUUGUUUGAUGCAUGGAUACACUUUUCCACACCAUGAAGCUCUGGUAGGCAGACUGGCCAAGGAGAUCGGUUUCAAACAUGUCAGUCUAAGUCAUGAAUUGAUGCCCAUGAUCAAACUGGUACCUCGAGCUACUUCUGCCUGUGCUGAUGCGUACUUGACGCCCGCCAUCAAGAAGUACAUUACUGGUUUCCAGGCAGGCUUCGAGGGUGGUCUUGGCACAGCGAGCGUCAAGGAGGGCGGAGCCAAAGGCGCUAGAUGCGAGUUCAUGCAAUCUGAUGGUGGGCUCGUCGACGUUGAUCGUUUCUCGGGAUUGCGAGCUGUUCUUUCUGGCCCAGCUGGGGGAGUGGUAGGUUACGCCUUGACCUCAUACGAUCCUGAAACAAGGACGCCGGUUAUUGGUUUUGACAUGGGUGGUACGAGCACAGACGUCAGUCGAUAUGGCUCAGGCAGGUACGAGCAUGUAUUUGAGACCACAACGGCUGGGGUGACAAUACAAUCACCACAACUUGAUAUCAACACUGUGGCAGCUGGCGGAGGAUCUCGAUUGUUCUUCCGGAAUGGUCUAUUCGUGGUAGGUCCAGAGUCCGCCGGAGCACAUCCAGGUCCUGCAUGCUAUCGCAAAGGAGGACCUCUUGCUGUUACAGAUGCGAAUUUGUUCCUUGGUCGCCUGCUUCCGGACUUUUUCCCCAAAAUAUUCGGUAAGAAUGAAGAUGAAGGUUUGGAUGAUCGAGCUAGCGAGAGACUCUUCACGGAGCUGACAGAAACAAUCAACAAGGAAACUAAUAAGAACAUGACCGCAGAUGAGGUCGCCUAUGGCUUUAUCCAGAUUGCUAAUGAGACUAUGACACGGCCCAUUAGAUCAUUGACUGAAGCUAAAGGACAUGAUACCUCACUGCAUCGUCUUGCCACAUUUGGCGGUGCAGGUGGUCAGCAUGCUGUGGCUAUAGCUGCGAGCCUUGGAAUUAGACAAAUUCUUGUGCACCGCUACUCCUCAGUCCUGUCAGCAUAUGGCAUGGCUCUAGCUGACGUUGUUGACGAAAGCCAAGAGCCAGACUCACAGGUCUGGGACGAGGCCGGCAAAGCCAAGCAGGUGCUCAGUAAGAAAAUGGAAGAGCUGAAGCGAAGGUCUACAAAAAAGCUCCAGGAUCAGGGUUUCACAGAGGAUGCAAUAGUCUUUGAAGAGUAUCUCAACAUGCGCUACCGCGGAACAGAAUCUGCUCUGAUGAUUAUUCGACCAAGCUCGGAGGAUUCCCAAAAAGGAUAUGAUGGUGAUAAUUGGGCCUUUGGGAAAGCUUUUGUCAAGCAGCAUGAGCAGGAAUUUGGCUUCACCCUUCCAGAUCGAGAUAUCAUUGUUGACGACGUUCGCGUACGAGGUAUAGGCCGGAGCUUCGAAGGACUCGAGAAAACUGUUGACCAGCAACUCAAAGAGAUCAAGCCUAAGGAUAUAGAAGGCCAGAAGCAGUAUGGCAAGUCUCAGGUAUACUUCGAAGGCGGGCGAAGACAUACACCGAUAUACAAGCUCGAAGAUCUCGAUGUUGGGGAUCGGCUAAAAGGUCCUGCAAUUGUUGCAGAUGGUACUCAAACUAUUGUCGUCACCCCUGAGGCUUCGGCAUUGGUGAUUGAAACUCACGUUGUUAUCAACAUUGGAGAUGAGAGUGCGGGUGUUAAUGUCAAUGCCAAAGAAGUUGACCCCAUCAUGCUAAGUAUAUUUGCGCAUCGAUUCAUGGCCAUUGCAGAGCAAAUGGGACGUGCUUUGCAGAAGACAAGUGUCAGCACGAAUGUAAAGGAGCGUCUCGAUUAUUCCUGCGCACUGUUUGACGCAAGCGGCGGCUUGGUUGCAAAUGCUCCCCAUCUGCCAGUACAUCUGGGAAGCAUGUCAACAUGCGUGCGGACUCAGGCCGAAAUAUGGAAGGGAAGGUUGAAGCGCGGCGACGUGAUUGUGUCGAACCACCCAGAGUAUGGCGGCACACAUUUACCGGAUAUCACUGUCUUGACGCCAGCCUUUUCCGGGGACAAAAUUGUCUUUUAUGUUGCAUCAAGAGCCCACCACGCCGAUAUCGGUGGUAUCCUCCCAGGAUCAAUGCCCCCUUACUCUCGAGAAUUGUUCCAGGAGGGUGCCGCUAUCAAGUCUGAAAAGCUUGUUUCUGAGGGUACUUUCAAUGAGCAGCGCAUCACUGAGCUGCUCUACAAUGAGCCAGCCCAGUAUCCCGAGUGCAGUGGCACGAGGUGCCUAGCAGACAACAUCAACGACCUCAAAGCACAGAUUGCCGCAAACAAGAAAGGCAUAAACCUCAUCUCCACGCUCAUAGAGGACUACGGUGAAGACGUUGUUCAAUUCUACAUGCGCAGCAUACAAGAUAACGCGGAGCUCAGUGUGCGAAACCUGCUCAAAGAUGUCGCGAAGCGAUUCGGUGAGAAGCCGCUGGAAGCCAUUGACUUUAUGGAUGAUGGAAGUCCCAUAAAGUUGAAGAUCAUAAUCGAUGCCGAGAAAGGCGAAGCAAUCUUCGAUUUUGAGGGCACGGGGCCAGAAGUGUAUGGCAAUAUCAACGCACCAGAGGCAGUCACCUAUUCAGCCAUUAUUUAUUGUCUCAGAUGCCUGAUUAGCGAAGACAUCCCGCUGAAUCAAGGCUGUUUGAAGCCAAUAGACGUACGGAUCCCGAAGAAGUCCUUCUUGAGUCCAUCAGAGAAAGCAGCGGUGGUUGGAGGAAACGUGCUCACCUCGCAGAGGGUUACCGAUGUGAUAUUCCGAUGCUUCGAGGCCUGCGCUGCCUCCCAAGGAGAUUGCAACAACCUGACUUUCGGCUUCGGUGGCAACCAGUCUGGAGAGAAAGAAUUGAAGGGAUUCGGAUACUAUGAGACGAUCGCUGGAGGCAGUGGAGCUGGUCCUGAUUGGGAGGGAACGAGUGGAGUGCAUACGCAUAUGACGAAUACGAGGAUCACAGAUGCUGAAGUCUUUGAGCGGAGGUAUCCAGUCCUGUUGCGAGAAUUCAGUUUGCGCGCCGGGACUGGUGGGAAUGGGCAGCAUAAAGGUGGUAACGGGGUGAUCCGAGAUAUUGAGUUUAGAAUACCGGUGCAGGUUUCCAUCCUAUCGGAGAGAAGAGUUUUCCAUCCUUAUGGUCUCCAUGGUGGGGAAGACGCAGCGUGUGGACGCAACAUAUGGGUCAGGAAAGUGAUGACAGGAGGUCGAGGUGAGAAUGCCGACGAGAUCGAGGAACGGCAUAUAAAUCUUGGAGCGAAGAACACCGCCAGCAUGCAACCUGGCGAGAGAAUUAUCGUGAUGACUCCAGGUGGCGGCGGGUAUGGAAAGGUUGGAGAUGAGAGGAAGAUCGAACAGAGGAAAGACCAUGAGCAGAGUUGGAGGAAGGGAAGUCUUGCUUACAGGCAAGAGACUCAGGAGACUAGUGUUUAG